AUGCCACUGUCCUGGCGUUUGCGCUUGGCCGUGUUGGCUGCGCUUCGCAUCACUGCACGGGCGGCCGCUUCACCUGCUCUCCGCGCAACUGCACGCCAAGCUACCGCCGAUGGAUCUUCACAGGCCGACUUCCUCAAGAUCUUGCGCCGAAAGACUGCAACGCGGGAGCAGGCCGCAGCUGCUGUGGAAGGACUUCGCGCCGGCGGGUACUUGGGCGGCGUGCGCGGCUACUCCUCUGCAAUUGUGGCCUCCAGAAGAGGGCGCAAGUGGGAGCUCGCGAUCCACCUCUUUGAUGAGAUGCUGGA